GCCGUCGCUGCGAUGGCGGGAGUGGGGCUGAAACGCGCGUGCUGAUUGGCUGCUGGGGCAGCCGGCCGCGGCGGCUGCGCAGUGAGGCGUCCCCCGGUUGCCGACGGCACCCGGUGCGAUGGCGGGAGUGGGGCUGAGGCGCGCGCUGUUGGCCGUUGCUCUGGUUGGCGCGCUCGGCUCGAGCGGCGCGGCCGAGCGCUCGCGCACCGCGGAGUUCGACGUCAGGCCCGGGGGCCUGGUGCACUCGCACAGCGAGACGCUGGGUGAGCACUCAUGCAUAUUUACAUAUGCAUCUCAAGGUGGAACCAAUGAGAGAUGGCAUAUGAGUGUAGGUAUCAGUGAGGACAACAAGCUAUUUUCUUGCUCCGUCUGGCGACCUCAGGGAAAAUCCUACCUGUUUUUCACUCAGUUUAAAGCUGAAGUCACUAACGCCAAGAUUGAAUUCGCAAAUGGCUUUUCUCAAGGAGCAGUAGACGGCCGCAGUGACGUUCCCCUGGAAGAAAAUGAAUAUGUAAUUAGUGAGAAUACUGUGACUCACAAGGAUGGAGUGUUCAAAUCAGAGCUGUCCAAGCUUAUUAUAGUUGCCCGCUCAGGACAUGAUGAGCUGUGAUUAGAAGAAUUUUAUUAUAAGUAACCAUUUAAAACAAAAAAAUCUUCAUUUUUUUUACUUAUAGAUUUAUUAUCUUAAUACAAUUAUUGGGAACAUUUUUAUCCCCAUCCCUAUCUCAUAUCUUUAAUUUUGACAGAGCAGGAAUAGUGUCUACUGUUGAUUUGCUGCUCAACCAACCAUCUUAAAGGAAACACAUUUGGGAUUAAAAGUGACCUUUUGUAAAAGACAAAUAUUCUUCUGGUUGAUCUUUUAAAUCUUAAGAUUGAGAUCGUGGUCCUAACAAGGUGCCUCAUUUAACAGCCUGACUGGAAAGAGGUAACAGAGCAACUGGAAGAUCAACUGUGGCCAGACUACUCUCAAUCUUGCACUGUAAAAAGGGACCUUUGUUACAUCCCAUAAAUCUGAUUAAAUGUCAGAAUUAUAAACUGAGCAUUAAAGUGUGCCCAUCUUUACAAUAUUGAUUUUUUUUUGUGUUAAUGAAGGUAUAUUUGACUAGUUAAUAUACACUGGGUGCUCUUUGUAAACCAAAAAUAUGAAACUUGUGUCUACAACUGUCAGAAUGAACUUUGACCUGUAUAGAACAUCCUUAUAAAAAUAAUUUUUGUGCAAAGGUCUUUAAAUAAUUGUUUAACAAAGGUGUUAAUUUAUAGAGCUUAAUUGUUCAGUGCUGUAGUUGAAAUGCAGAUUGAAUUUUAUGUAUGUCUGGAUGUCUUCCAUACUUUUAUAAUAGACAACAGUUGUUUAUUGGGACCAUAUGCCUCUAUAUUUUGCCAUCAACUGCAAAUAAUAUGAUACAAACUGUCAUCUACAUCUACAGUUAUCCUUAUGUUUGUUUUUACUUUAUACUUUGCUUUUGUUAUAGAUCUUUGUGACCUGGGGAAAUAAAUUAUUAAUUUCAGUUCA